GCCUGCCUGUUUAAUGAUGCCACCAUGUCUAGAGUGCCCUCAGAUGCUUCUGUAGGACCAACAUGAGCCUCUGCCUUCGCCUGGAGAUUACGACGCUUCCAAGUAAUUUGUCGGCAGGCCCAUCUCCCCUACAACCAUGGCAGUCCGGAUUCAGACGCUGCGGGAUCGCCAGAUAGCUUCUAUUGAGCGUAUAUUAAGCUUGAACCAAGACGAACCCUCAGAGUCAGCUAAUGGCGCUGUCGACUCCUCGAACUCCUCUCAUACAACCUCCGUGCUGAACGAAAACGGCGAACCCAUUUGGAAGGUCCUCGUCUUUGACGACCUCGGACGAGAUGUCAUAAGCAGUGUUCUCAGAGUCAACGACUUGAGAAGCAAAGGUGUCACAAUACAUCUAAACAUAAAUUCCCCGCGCUAUCCUAUCCCAGAUGUCCCAGUCCUUUACCUUGUUGAACCAACUGCGGCCAAUAUUCAGCUAAUAUGCUCCGACCUCGCCCGCGGGUUAUACAGCCCUGCCUACGUCAACUUCAUCUCCUCUAUACCGCGACCGCUCCUCGAAGACUUCGCCGCUCAGAUAUCCUUGACGAAUACUGCGGAAGCGAUUGCGCAAGUGUACGAUCAAUACCUGAAUUUCAUUGUCGCUGAGCCAGACUUGUUCAGCUUGGGCUUGGGCAAAGAGUCGUAUUGGACAUUCAACAGCGCGAAAGCGGAAGCAGAUGCCCAAGAUGCUGCAAUCGACAGGAUAGUCAGUGGAUUGUUCAGUGUCAGUGUCACUAUGGGCUCCGUUCCGAUCAUAAGGUGUCCUCAGUCUGAAUUGGCCAAGAUGAUUGCGGCCAAGCUGGACCGGAAACUCAGAGACCACGUUCUAAAUUCCAAGGACAAUUUGUUCUCCUCCAAAGCCACAUCAAAUGUAUACUCGACCCCCUCGAGGCCGGUCCUCAUCAUUCUCGACCGGAACAUCGAUCUGGUGCCGAUGCUGUCACAUUCCUGGACAUAUCAAUCGCUGGUACACGACGUGCUGAAGAUGCACCUGAACAGAAUAACAGUGGACGUCGCAGAGGAGGGAGCCACAGCAUCUAAACCGCGGGCUUACGACCUGAACGCGAGCGACUUCUUCUGGGCACGAAAUGCCAGUGCGCCUUUUCCACAGGUGGCGGAGGAUAUCGACAAGGAGCUUACGCAGUACAAGGCGGAUGCUGAGGAGGUCACGAAAAAGACGGGUGUCAACAGCAUUGAAGAUCUGAACGACAGCUCAGCAUCUGCAGCGCACUUGAAGGCGGCGAUAACAUUGUUGCCGGAACUCCGUGAGCGGAAAGCGACGCUGGACAUGCACAUGAACAUUGCGACAGCUCUGCUAAAGGGUAUCAAGGAUCGACAGUUAGACAACUUUUUCCAACUGGAAGAAAAUAUCACAAAACAAACUGCCGACCAGAUGUUGGCCCUGAUAAAGUCUGACGACAAAGGGAACAACCCACUCGACAAGUUGCGGAUAUUCAUCAUAUGGUAUCUGAGCGUUGACAAAGAACCUUCAAAAUCCGAACUCUCGGAAUUCGAGGGCGCCCUGACAUCAGCGGGUGUUGGCGACGCAGUGGCAGCAAUAAAACACAUAUCAAACGUGAGACUGGAAACUAGAGGCACAAUGAUGACCUCGACCGUCACGACGUCCCAAACAUCUCAGACACCUUUGUUCGGUGGCCUUUCCUCCUUAUCCAAGAAUUUCACCGACAAGCUUUCCUCCUCGGCCCUGGGCACCGUCAACUUGGAUGCAUUGGUCUCAGGAGUCAAGAAUUUCCUGCCCGCGAACAAAGACCUUACAGUCACAAAGAUUGUCGAGUCGAUCAUGGACCCGCCAGCAGCCUCGUCUUCUGCAAUUGCAAAGACAGAAAGUUAUCUGUACUUCGACCCACGAAGUGCCCAUGCGCGCGGUACAACGGGUGCUUCAGCUCCGCCGUCUCGAAGUGGUCAGCCGUCCGGAGGUGCCAACCCAAGCUUCGGCCAGCGACGGCAGGGGUAUACAGAAGCCAUUGUUUUUACCGUGGGCGGAGGGAGCAUGGACGAGUAUGGUAACCUGCAAGAGUGGGUGAAGAGGACGUCAGGUCUGGGUGCAAGCGGCGGUGGCGUCGGCGCUGCCCCCCGGACGAGACGAGUCAUAUACGGCAGUACCGAGCUGGUCAAUGGCGAGGACUUUUUGCAGGAGCUCGUCAGGCUGGGGCGAGGUGGAUGAUCCUGGAAGUCUGUAGUCGUUCACAAGAGCAAGAUAAUGCUUCAUCGCUGAACAAGAACCAUUAAUGCUUCAGUCCGAUUGCUUCUUGCCAUGAUGAUCUAUUCAUUUUACAUCUGCAGUGAGUGAGUGCAUGCCUGCAUAGGUCAUGUCGUUCCGGUCUGAAUACAAGGCUUCAAUACUG